UAAGAUGAGGAGAGGAGAGGAAACGGACAGAAGCCAAGUCCCAAUUUCACGCGCCUCCCUCAGUCCUACUUUCCCAUAACACUCCAAGACGAACUCAGUUUCGUUGAAGCAAUAUAAUCAAACAUGUAUCUUUCAUCAUUAGCGAUCCCUGCAACAAUCCUUCUCACGUUUCUGUUCAUUCUCUCACGGCGUCCAAAACGAAGCAGAGAUGGCCAGAAUCAGAGAAAGCCACCACCGGGUCCAGCGGCUCUGCCGAUCAUCGGUAACCUCCACUUGUUGGGUAAACUCCCCCACCGCGACCUUCAAUCCUUGGCCAGAAGAUACGGACCCAUCAUGUCCCUUCGGCUAGGACAAGUACCAGUGGUGAUAAUUUCGUCGUCGGAAGCUACCGAAUCUUUGCUCAAGACCAACGACGCCGUUUUCGCCAGCCGUCCCAAGCUUCAAGCUAGCGACAUCGUUACUUAUGGAUCCAAGGGCAUCGUGUUUUGCGAGUAUGGACCUUACUGGAGGAACAUGAGAAAAUUGUGUACCUUGCAUCUUCUCAGUGCGUCAAAAGUGGAGUCUUUUUCUCCUCUGAGGAGGGAAGAGUUGGACGCGGUGGUAAAAUCCCUCGAGGAAGCUGCGGCGGCGCGUGAGGUUGUGGACGUCAGCCAGGUGGUGUCGGAGCUUGUAGAGAAUAUUACCUAUAGGAUGAUACUGGGUUGUAACAAGGAUGACCAACUUGAUUUGAAGGGGCAUAUUCAUGAAGCAAUGAGGCUCGCCGGAGCUUUUAAUCUGACAGAUUUCGUGCCUUGGCUAGGGCGGUUUGAUCUUCAGGGAAUAAAACGAGCCAUCACAAAAAUCAGUAAAGCACUCGACGAAAUACUAGAGAAGAUAAUUGGAGAGCAUGAAGAGGCCAUUGACACGUCUAAGGAGCGAGAAGACUUUGUAGACAUACUACUUUCGCUGGUGCGCCAUUCUGUCGACGGGCAAAACUAUGGCAUUGACCGAACUAACAUUAAGGCUAUUGUUUUAGACAUGAUUGCUGGAUCAUUUGAAACAUCUACCUCCAUCAUUCUGUGGGCAUUAUCUGUACUAAUAAUUCAUCCAAGGGUUAUGAAAACCCUUCAAGAAGAGUUAGAAACUGUGGUUGGAAGGAACAAGACGGUGGAGGAGACAGACUUGGUAAGGCUUCGUUAUUUAGAUAUGGUGAUCAAGGAGACCAUGAGAUUAUAUCCUGCAGGAUCGCUGAUCCCUCGAGUGUCAACAGAGGAUGCAGUAGUUGAUGGUUACUACUUGGAGAAAAACACAAGAAUUAUGAUCAAUAUGUGGGCAAUAGGACGAGAUCCUAAGGUCUGGUUUAACGCAGAAGAUUUCUAUCCAGAGAGGUUCGUCGACAAGGAUGUGGACUAUCGUGGACUUGACUUUGAAUUCAUACCAUUUGGAUCUGGUCGCAGAGGAUGUCCUGGGAUACACCUGGGUUUGAUUACCGUUAAACUUGUUGUGGCUCAAUUGGUUCACUGCUUUAGUUGGGAGAUUCCAUGGGGACAGGAUCCAAAUGAUUUGGAUAUGAGUGAGAAAUUUGGCUUGUCACUCCCAAGAGCCAAGAACUUGUUUGCUGUGCCAACUUCUCGUAUUAAGUCUAUUUAAACUUGCUUGAAAUCCCCUGCACUGAUUUACAAUAAUAUGUUGUGCAGAGUUGCCUCUUUAAUACUAAUAUAGUAAGGAUGAGGAAGUGAGUGUCAUAAAAAUAAUAAAAUAGCAACGAACCAAUUUUAUUAGUCUCAUAUGUAUAUAAACAUAGAUUGGAAUCUAUUCUAACUGUGCGAUGAUAUCCUUGACACUAAGAUAUUCUUAUGUACGUAUGACCUUCUUUGCAUGUUA